GGCGUCGCCUGGCGAUGACGUUGUGGUUAUUUCCGGCGCAUGCGCCGUGCGUGUGUCUUGUCUGUCAGUAAUCCAAGAUGGCUGCGCUCGUUGGUGUGCGCGCGUGCUUCUCCGCGCUCCAGCUCUCCUCCCCGAGUCUCCUGCACAGCUCCUACAAACUGUGCGCGGUUCCUCUCAGCCGGAGGAAUUUCGCCGCCGAGGCGAAGAAGGUGUUCUCCCGUGAUAAACCUCACGUCAACGUCGGGACCAUCGGCCACGUGGACCACGGGAAGACCACGCUCACCGCCGCUAUCACUAAAGUGCUGGCCGAGGCUGGAGGAGCGCACUAUAAGAAGUAUGAGGAUAUUGAUAACGCUCCUGAGGAGAAAGCCAGAGGAAUCACCAUCAACGCCUCGCAUGUGGAGUACACAACCCCUAACAGGCACUACGCUCACACUGACUGUCCUGGACACGCCGACUACGUCAAGAACAUGAUCACAGGCACGGCUCAGCUGGACGGUUGUAUCCUGGUGGUGGCAGCGACAGACGGUCAGAUGCCUCAGACACGUGAGCACCUGCUGCUGGCACGUCAGAUCGGCGUGCAGCACGUGGUGGUGUACGUGAACAAGGCGGACGCGGUGGAUGACCCCGAGCUCCUGCAGCUCGUCGAGCUCGAGAUCCGUGAGCUGCUCAGUGAGUUCGGCUACGACGGAGACAACACGCCCGUCAUCUGUGGCUCCGCCCUUUGUGCCCUCGAGAAUCGGCAGCCUGACCUGGGAGUGAACUCCAUCAUGAAGUUGUUGGAGGUGGUGGAUGAGUUCAUCCCUCUACCCAAGAGAGAUCUUGAUAGACCCUUCCUGCUGCCUAUUGAGGGAGUCUACUCCAUACCAGGCCGAGGUACGGUGGUGACGGGAACUCUGGAGCGAGGAGUGAUAAAAAAAGGAGACGAGUGCGAGUUUGUGGGACACAAUCGCUCUGCCAAGUCUGUGGUCACAGGUAUCGAGAUGUUCCACCAGUCUCUGGAUCGUGCGGAAGCAGGAGAUAACCUGGGCGCGCUGGUGCGUGGUGUGAAGAGAGAGGACAUGAGGCGAGGGAUGGUGAUGUGUAAACCUGGCUCCAUUCAGCCCCAUCAGAAAAUCAAAGCUCAGGUGUAUAUCCUGAGUAAAGAGGAAGGCGGCAGACACAAGCCUUUUGUCACCAACUUCAUGCCUGUCAUGUUCUCCCUCACCUGGGACAUGGCCUGCAGGAUCCUGCUUCCUGACGGCAAGGAGAUGGUGAUGCCGGGUGAAGACACGUCCCUCACUCUGACCCUCAGGCAGCCCAUGGUGUUGGAGAAAGGGCAGAGGUUCACGCUGAGGGAUGGGAACAGGACCAUCGGCACGGGGCUCGUCACCGACAUCCUUCCCACCACACCUGAGGACCAGCACAACUGGGGUUAAUCCCAAAGAGGAGGACAGGGGAUGGGAUAGGGGCGUGGUUAGUGUGGGUGGGGGCGGGGCAGGAAAUCAUCCAUACAUUUUGACUUGUACUUCUAUACUUUACAUUAAUAUAAACAUUCUCUCUCCCCCCCACCAACACACACUCAUAUAUACACACACACACACACACACACACACUUGUGUUCCAAGCCUGUGCAGUGAUUGAUCUCAAGAUGAUAUUCUCUAAACUAAGAACAUUUUCAUCCUAGUACCUGAAGCACUUACCUGAUUUACUGCUACAUGCAGAUUCUUUCUUUUGGCUGUUCAGCAAGUUUUUAUUUGGCAAUGCAGCAGCACUCGAGCACAUCUGGAGAAGCACCGAUUCAGGAAUCAGCCGUAGUGCGACACUGAGAUACUGUGCUUCCUUCUUCGUCUCAUUCUCGCUUAGCCGAGUGUGUUUAUGCUAAUACAGUGGAAACACCGUAAACCGAUCUGGAACCUUCUGUCUGGUUUCAUCAGUUUGAUCUAAACAUGAAGGGAUGUUCAUUUCAGGGAUGAAGGUGGAGAUUCUGCAUCACACAUUUUUGAGGUUCCAUUCUGUCUACUUUUUGUGUAUGAAAUGUCAUGAUGAUGAUGAAUAUGUGGCUCAUGUAAUAAAUGUAUUUAAUAUGA